GGUGCAACAACCCUUAAUUACAAGGGAACUAUGCUCCCACUGCCUGCCCCGGAUAAAUGUGUGACAUUUCACUGCAGCAGCUAGGGUCCUGGUGAUAAGUGACACCCCGUGCACGGGAAAGCAGCGAUCUUUGUGUAGAUUGAUGAGAGUAUUUGACAGUCCCUGCACGAUGGGACAGAUGCUUUAAGAAGUUGCCCUCCUCCCAGCCUCCCGCCCCCACCUGGCGAGGGUCUCGCACAGUCCGCUGGCUGUAGUCUCACCGCUGGGGAGAGCUGCAACGUAACGCUGCCAGACCCUCGCAAAGCUGCACAUCCAGUCCAGCAGGCUGAGCCCUGGCCAGGGGAAGCAAGCUGCAAGAGCGCAGUAGCCAUUAUAACCAGGAAUACAGUGGGAAGGGCACGGCGAGACGGGAUCCUCUCUGCACUUGCAUUGAUGGAAACGGUUUCAGCAAUACCACACGGAUCUUACAGCCGAACGUAAUCAGGAGUGAUUAGGGUACGGGGGAGCCUCCUACCUGCUACAGAGCAGCACCUGCUGCAAUCUGGCGUCCUAAAGGUUGAUGAAGAGCCCUUAAACCUACUUCGCUCAGUAAUGAUGCUAUUCGCCUUGUGCAACUGAAAGUACAGAGGUCAUGGGUAACUCAUAUGCAGGACAGCUGAAAUCUGCUCGGUUUGAGGAAGCUCUUCACAAUUCUAUAGAAGCCUCCCUAAGGUGUAACAGUGUGGUGCCACGCCCAGUGUUCUCCCAGUUGUAUCUUACUGCUGACAACCCUACGUUCUCUCCAGAAGGUGUAGAUGUAAAGCCCAAAGUGGAGGAACUAGAGAAGGACUUUGCCCAGAGGUACACUCAGAAUGGCAGCCUGGAUUUCUCCAACAGUCAGAUGGUGUGUGAAAUAGAUGAGGAGGAUGAAGAUGACCUGUCCGAUUCAAAUAGUCCUCCUUUGCCAUAUGCCCAGAAACCAGCGCCCGAAGGCUCUUGUACUGUAGAUGGCUUCUGCCAAGCAGGAAAGGAUUUGCGUCUAGUUUCACUCAGCAAAGAGCAGAUUGACGUUCCUUCAGGGUUCCUUUUGGUUGGAGCGAAGACUCAGAGUAUCCCAGAGCACAUUCUUGUCUGUUCAGUGGAUAAAAGGUUUCUUCCUGAUGAUGAUGGGAAAAAUGCACUUUUAGGUUUCUCUGGAAAUUGUGUUGGCUGUGGAGAGCGGGGGUUCAGGUAUUUCACAGAGUUUUCAAAUCAUAUAAAUCUGAAACUUACAACUCAACCAAAGAAGCAGAAGCACUUAAAGUAUUACCUAGUGAGGAACUCCCAGGGGUUACUUUGCAAAGGUUCAGUUAUCUGCUGGAAAGACCCUCGAAGUCGACAAUGUCCGGUUCCUGUUGUUAAGCCAAUGACUUCCCUAUCGUUGACUUCAGAGAAUGGAAACAGUAAUGAAUAUAAGUCUGGAUUCCAGUCAGAAAUACAAUCAUACGCCUCAGCCAAAACACCUACUAUUCUUAAUUCAAGUACUCCUCAGGAUCUCUCCCGCAAUAAGGGUGUUGUGAAGCCUUUUCCACUACCAAUGCAUAUUGUAGGAAAGACUUAUACUGCAGCACCUUCAUUUCAUGUACCAGAAGUCCCCAAUGGAACCACAAGUGGUGCAAGAGCCACUGUGCUAAAUCCUACAACUUCUCAGCCUCUCGCUCACUCCACAUCUCCGAGCCCUGGCUGUGUUGCUGGAGACAAUGCAAUGAUGACUUUUUCUGGUCCACCCAAAAAAAGACACAGAGGAUGGCCUCCUAGCUCGCCAGUUCAAGCACCACUUUUGCCUUUUUCUACGCCACCUGUCCGUCCAAUCACAAGGCCAGCCUCUUUGCCACAGCCUACUUUGGGAGGUGUUUUCCAGCCACAGCCGAUUCCUGCAGGAGAGACCGUAAUUGUGCCUGAAAAUCUGUUGAAUAGCUCUGGCGUGCGGCCUGUUAUAUUGAUAGGUUUUGGUGUGUUGCCAUAUUUCUAUGGCAAUGUUGGAGAUAUUGUUGUAAGUCCGUUGUUGGUGAACUGCUACAAGUUACAGGAAUUAGAGAAGAAGGAACUGGAUCAGAUGGGAGUGGCCAGCAGCCAAUUCUUGAGCGUGGAAAACCUGAUUCUUCUGACUAUCCAAUAUCUUGUGCGGCUUGGUCCUGAUCAGAUACCGAUUCGUGAGGUUUUUGAACAGAUUGUGCUUAAAGCAUUGCAGGAAUUUACUUAUAAAGAGCGGUCUAUGCAGCUGCACCCUCAAGGCAUGUCCUUGUCACAGGCUCAACUGCCCUGGCUGGCUCGCUUGUUGGCCAGUGUUUCUCAAGAUCUAGUUCACGUCCUUGUUACACAGAACUCCCUGGCAGAAGGCAUCUCAGAGACCCUCCGUUCUAUUUGUGAUAUAAAACCUCAGCAAAAGCUCCCAGACUACGUAGUAACGAUCUGCUCCUCAAAGGUGCGAGGAAAUGAAUUUUGUGUGAUUGCACUUGGAAAAUAUCAAUCCCGGGUGCUAGCAGAGAGCAUGCUGACCACUAGUGAAUUCCUGAAGGAGAUAAGCUAUGAGCUCAUCACAGGCAAGGUCAGCUUCCUGGCCUCACACUUCAAAAACACCUCAAUGGGUGAUAAUUUGGACAGAUUGCUGGAGAAAAUCCAGAGGAAGAGAGGGGAUAAUGUCAUUAUUCCUUUUAACGGUGAUGUAAAAGAAUGUGUGUCAUCUCAGGAAGCGGUCAGCAUGGUUCCUACGCAAGCCAAAGGCUGUAACACAGACAGCUUCCAGAUCUGCCAGUCUCAGCUGAUGGUUGCUCGAAAGCUCCUGUCCCAGGUGUGUGCUAUUGCAGAUAGUGGGAAUCAGAGCCUUGAUUUGGGACGUUUCAGCAAAGUGGACUUCCUAAUAGUUGUCCCUCGCUCAGAAGUACUUGUAUCACAGACUCUGCAAAGAAUUAAACUAUCUGGGGUGCUGGUGGAUUUGGGUCUAGAGGAGACUGCAUGCGCCCAUCAGCGAGCUGAAAAGUAUGUUCUUCGUCUAGAUGGGGAAGUCCAAGCCAAAUUCGAUGCCUUUAUGAAAAAAGUGAAACAAAAUCCGUACACACUUUUUGUUCUAAUACAUGACACUAGCCAUGUGGAUUUAACAAGUGCUAUGUCUGCAACGUUGCCUCAUGGAGAUCCCACUCAGGGGCUGUCUGACCGGAUUGUUAAUAGUCGUGAAGUUCAGGAGGCGCAGAAUCUCAUUGUGCUGCAAGUCAGUGCCUAUCCUUAUGCCUUACAGACGCAGCAGUCUAAGAUCAGCCACAGCAAUGAGGUGCACUGGAUCCAACCAGACAUGGCAGAAGAAGGAAGCAGUGAAGACAAACUUUACUUUGGCAUCAAUGAAUACAGCAAGUCUCUACAAUGGGGCAUUACCAGCCCACUUCUCCGAUGUGACGAGACUUUUGAGAAAAUGGUCAACACUCUUCUGGAAAGGUACCCCAGGUUACACAGCAUGGUGAUUCGAUGCUACCUACUCAUUCAGCAGUAUUCUGAAGCUCUUAUGGCACUAACUACCAUGGCUUCGCUCAGAGACCACACCACACCAGAGACACUGAGCAUUAUUGAUGACCUCCUUAGCUCGCCCGGAAAAGACAAAAGUGGCCGUGGACACAUGCUCAUAAUCAGAGUCCCUUCUGUGCAGCUGGCAAUGUUGGCAAAGGAGAGACUACAGGAAGUGAGAGACAAGCUAGGAUUGCAGUAUCGCUUUGAAGUACUCCUUGGUAAUCCUGCAUUGGAGCUUUGUGUUGCUAAACACUUUGUGACCAGAUUAAAGGUGUGGAGAGGAUGCGAACAAGAAGACUGGGUUCCUAGAACUUUUAAGGACUUGGAAGGACUACCUUGUAUUUUAGUUCUUACUGGUAAAGACCCCCAUGGGGAAACUUUCCCAAGAUCACUGAAGUACUGUGAUCUGCGGCUAAUUGACUCCAGUUUUUUAACCCGAACGGCAUUGGAGCAAGAAAUUGGCCUAGCUUGUUGCUAUGUUUCCAGAGAGGUCAUUAGAGAACCUGUGACCGUUCUGGACCUGAGUGACAAGGAUGCGGACAAAGUUAAUCCAAUUGAGAAUGACUCUGAUGAGCUGUUUAUAGACCUGGACAGACCACAAAGUAAUGGAAGUGAAGUCACAGGCACUUCAGGUUCCAUUGCAGAAAAUGGAGUCAGUUCCUCCAGUGCAGCGGACGAAAUCCAGAGACAGCCGGCCAACCUUGACUUUCAGAAUGUUGCAAACAGCUCAGUGGAUGAAGGCACUUACCCAAAUUCUACAGCCAGUGAUCUUAAACCAGAAUGUGACUCUUUAGGAACUCAACUGGCCAGUAGCACAACAUCCAAACUAUCCACCUCAUCAUCACAGACUUUCCAGUGGACUCACCAUUCAGGGAACAAAAGUAGGACGUUAAAUUUAGCUUUGCCCCGGAUUGUGGUUCUUUCUAAGGCUACUUAUAAUCUCCUGGCUUCUCAGAAAAAUGGCCAUACACCUUCUGCAGUUUUCCUCUUGCCCCAUGCUGAUGUGAGUUGGUUGAGAUCAUUGAGGCCUUUUAUUUCUAAAGACUUAAGCAGUGAAGAACAGUCCCUUUACUACAGGCAAUGGACAACAGCCAGACAGCACCAUGCCGAUUUUGUCAACACAAGUGAGCCUUCAGGAACAAGGAAUGUUCAUCCUCGUCGCCUUCUUCUGACUGGACCCCCACAGGUGGGUAAGACUGGUGCUUACCUGCAGUUCCUCAGGAUACUGUACCGCAUGCUGAUCCGACUACUGGAGGUAGACGUUUAUGAUGAGGAGGCUAUUAAUGCAGGUGUGGAGGAGGAAGGAGAUGCAGCACCCACAACAGACAAUGAGUUAUGGCCAGAUAUUGAAGUUUUCAGCAAAAUUCCUUUUGACAUCACUGUGCACGAUCCAAAAUAUCGACAUGUCAGCCCUCUCUACACUGCGCACAUUCCACAAGCAAAACCAGACUCGCUUGGAGUGAGAUCUAAUGAGCCACGGAAACGCGAAACUGUUUCUAUGAUGCUGACAAAAUAUGCAUGUUACAACACGUUUCAUCACUGCGAGCAGUGUCACCAGUACAUGGAUAUUGGUUCCGCAUUACAGACUCCUGAAUCUACCAUACACGCUUUCACCUUUUCAUCCUCCAUGCUUGGAGAGGAGGUUCAGCUUCACUUCAUCAUACCCAAGUCCAAAGAGCAUCAUUUUGUCUUUAGUAAGCAGGGCAAGUACCUGGAGAGCAUGAUGCUCCCUCUGGUGUCUGAUAAACAAAACCCAAACAUGGUUAAAAGCCCCAUUUUCACUCCAUCGAGCGGCCGCCAUGAGCAUGGUCUACUGAACCUCUUUCAUGCUAUGGAAGGCAUCGGCCACCUACAUAUCAUGGUGGUGAAGGAAUAUGAAAUGCCACUCUACAGAAAGUACUGGCCAAACCACAUCAUGUUGGUUCUCCCUAGCAUGUUUAACAACGCAGGAGCUGGAGCUUCCAGAUUCCUUAUUAAAGAGCUGUCUUACCACAACUUGGAGCUGGAACGAAAUCGCAUGGAGGAGCUCGGAGUCAAACGUCAGUGUGUGUGGCCUUUCAUUGUUAUAAUGGAUGACUCCUGUGUUUUAUGGAACGUACAUAGAAAAGUUCCAGAGCAAUCAAGCCAAUCAACAGAGACUGAUGCUGGCAUUAGGAAUGUGUCCCUGAAGUAUGUUUUGCAACACAUGGAAGCCACACCGAAGAUCACCAAUUAUGCAAUGCUGGGGCUCCAGAAGUGGAACAGCAAAUUAAACGCUACCUUGCCUAAGUGUCCAUUUUCCAGGUGCCAUGUUCAUGACUUCAUACUGCUUAGCGUAGACCUGGCCCAGAAUGUGCAAUAUGACCUCAACAGGUACUUCUGUGAAGAUAUAGACUUUAACCUUCGAGUAAACAGCGGUGGGUUGCUGAUCUGCUGCUUCAACAACUUCAGCCUUAUGAAGAAGCAUAUUCAUGUGGGAGGGCACAAGGACUUCAUCAUUAAGCCCAAAAUUGUGGUAACAGAAAGUACUGGUCCCAUUUCCCCUAUGCAGUAUGUCUGUGCCCCAGACAGUGAGCAGACCCUCCUGGCUGCUCCAGCCCAGUUCCUGCUGGAGAAGUUUCUCCAGCACAGCUCUCAAAAGCUAUUCCCGAAGGCCAUUAACAAUCUGAGGAACCCAUUACUGGCUAUAGACUGCUAUUUGAACCUAGGAAGUGAGGUUACCCUGUGCUACGUGAGCUCCAGGCCACACUCUGUGAAUGUUAACUGUGAGGGAGUGGCGUUCAGUGGACUCUUGCUCUAUCUGUGUGACUCCUUUGUCUGCGCAGGGAUGCUAAAGAAGUUCAAGUUUCUUAAAGGUGCCACACUUUGUGUUAUUUGUCAGGACAGAAGUUCUCUCCGGCAGACGAUUGUGCGACUGGAGCUGGAAGAUGAAUGGCAGUUCAGACUGCGGGAUGAAUUUCAGACUGCGAACAGUAGUGAUGACAAACCACUCUAUUUCCUUACUGGGCGCCAUGUUUGAGCUUUAGGAAGUUGUGGGAGUUUUUUUUUUUUUUUUUAAUGAGGUGCCAAGACAAUGACAUUAAUUCUGGCGCAUGUGCUAAACAGUCGGGAACUUUCAUUUCUAAGAUGGACAGCAUUUUAUACGGUUUAUGGGAAAACAUGAUUGUCACUUAUGGACCAAUGUCAGUUGGUACAGAGCAGUUUCCUUAGCUGGCUUUAAAUGUCUCCUUAAACCUUUCCUUUACUGUCAUGGACAUAGUGGGUCAAGGUACCUGUUCUAUCGUAACUGCUUCUCAGGGGUUAACGAUUACCAAAAGUUGGAUAGCGGAGCAAUCUCUUCCGGUGUCAGUGUUGAUGUUUUUGUGUGCUGAUCGACGUGUUUUGUGACGAAACGCAGCAAAUUGUUUGUCUCACCACAAGUGACAGCAGUGCCUCCUUCAACAGUUGUAAAACUGAUUUUAUAAUUUGUUUCACAAAAAGCCAGUGAUAAUGAAGCAACGGUGCAAUGAUCGUCUUGCCGCCCAAUCAUUGGUGGUCGCUCUACCGGCAGUUGGAAUGUACCGUCCUAACCCAAAGUAGGCCUUUGGGGAUCUGUUCUCAAAGUUUGUAGGGCCACAAGUUUUGUUGCCUCCUUGUGGCUCUGACUGGCCUCCAACGUCCCAUUGCUUAUAACUGUCACAUAAUGAGCAGUAUUCUCCCAUCUCAUAUUUAAUUACGUUCAAGCAUUAUACCCAUGACUCAAAAAUACUAACCUUGUAGCAUUUUAAAUGAUGUACAGUAUGUGUAUUUGAUGCUGUAAGUCUUAAUUUCCAAAUCCUGUACUAGUGCUUUGACACUGUUUAACCGCUUUCAGUAAUCCUUUGUUUAAAGGGAUUAAAUGUAUGUAAAAGGAGUCUAAAGGGCGUCUCUUGUGAAAAGGGGGGGACACUGAUUUUUCUUUUUCUUUGUGGAGUAGUCAUGCUAUAUUUAUUAAUCAUCCAUCUUUCCCUAUUAGCUUAGUGAUACAUACCUUUUUACUCUUAUCCUAUAUAGUAAUAGGCCAACCCUGCUCCUCACCUCUAUGGGUGGAAUUCAAGUGUUUUGCGCUCCAGUGGCCACAAGAUGUUGCCCAACGGAGCAAUUCAACUGUUGCUCUGUUUGGACACACACAGCCGCCGGCGCUGACACUGUUUAAAGUACCUAACCAAAGAUUGCUGCACCUGUAUACAGCACCGUGUUCACACAUCAUUCCUAACCUGCAAGUAACACUUUUUGGAAAAUGUGGAAAUGUACCAUCUGUAGAAGUGUUAACAUAUUAAAGAUGAAUUGUUUACAAAUUAGAACAAAAUAUUUAAUAUAUUAGAAAAGUGUUUGCAUACUUGUAUCAUACACUGCAUUGAUUUGUGUUGCACAUUUUUAAAUUGUCUAUUUUACAACUUUUUUUUUUUUUUUUAAUUGCUUACUCUGGCGCACUCCUUACUUUCCCUUUCCCAUACUGUUCAAAAAACAGAGGAGUUACCACUAUUUUUGUCUAUGAAGAAAUCAAUUUUAAGAGUGGCUUAGCCCAGGAGGACCUUACACUAAACGGGCUAAGAGUGACCGAGAAUAAAGGAUGAUAUGUAACCUGUAUUUCUGUUUUGUGACAAGUAUAUUGCAACUCUCUAUUUCAUAAUAUUUCAUUAUAUUGGUGGCCCUUUUGGCAGAAGUUCCUGCAGUCAAAUACGUUUUAUAGCCUGCUGUUGUUUUUCAAUUUGCACUAAAUUACUUAAUUAACAGGUGUGGUAAACCAUCUAGCCUGCAUGCUUUGACAUGCUAAGAUGGCAUUUCUACAGUCUUUUGAAAUGUACCCUCCUUAUACCUGCCACCAAAGAAAGCAGGAAUAUGUACUAUUAUUGUCUAGUUUUAGUUUAUUUUUGUUUGUUUUUUAUUAAUUAUUGUGGCUGACAUUAUCCUAACCUUGCCUAGAUCAUGAAAAAUGCCGAUACUGAAUGUAAGUUGAAAUGUGAUCAUAUUAAUACCAUGCCUAUUAUGUUGUAACUUAUACAAUUUGAUUAAUGGGAGUUUAAAAUACGCUGCUUAAAAAAAAAAGAUACUUUGACCAAAAACAUGGUGAAUUUGGCUUCACUAGUCAAUCUACCUCAUGCUGUCUUAUUGUGUGCAGAUUGGUUAAUUUAAUCAUUUAAUUUACCUAUUUUUGAUGGUAUUAAAGUUAUUUACUGAAAUAC